AUGUCACCUGCUGCAAUCUAUAUAUACCGUCAAAUACAAAUCAACAAUAAAGAUAUACUCAGAGUUCUUGAAACAAAGCAACUUCUUCUACUAAAGACAAAGGGCUUCGGAAACAAUUACGCGUUUAAUAUCACCACGUCUGUAAUAAAAAGCGGCGAGCUAUGGUACGAAAUUAGCUUUUCAUUCAGAAGUCAACAAAAUGAACAAGUCAGCGCUUUUUCUUUUGCUCCUCAUAGGUCUCUUCGUCCUCGCCGAAACGAAUCCGCCGAUUUCCGGACCACGCCGCCGCCAUUACCCUCCCACCGGACCACGUCGUCGAUGGCAAUGGAACCAAAUAAAAUCAGUAAACAUUGAAGACCUGAGUGAAAGUCUAGAGCUAGCUGAAGAUCGUCAAUAAACAAACCGAUGUUAUAAAUACAGUUGGCUGGUUUCAAUAAACCAUCAUUAAUAUAUACUUGCGUGAUAUUUUAUUGUUGACACAAAAAAAACGCGGUAACAAGAAGACAGCUCGUGCACUGUAUAAUACACCAUCACCCAAAC